AUUUUUUUUUGCCCUGGUCUGCGUUUUGUAGUUUAUCGCUUCCCUCUAGAAGGCAACGGAUGACAGAUCUCUGUGGUUAUAGAUAUCAGCCAGCAAAGCAACACAAACAUGGCGUUCACAUUCGCGGCCUUUUGUUACAUGCUUGCGCUAUUGCUUACGGCCGCUCUCAUUUUCUUCGCUAUUUGGCAUAUCAUUGCAUUUGAUGAACUGAAGACUGAUUACAAGAAUCCGAUAGACCAAUGUAACACAUUAAAUCCGCUCGUACUCCCGGAGUAUCUCAUCCAUGUGUUCUUCUGCGUGAUGUUCCUGUGUGCUGCUGAGUGGCUCACCCUUGGCCUCAACAUGCCACUGCUGGCCUACCACGUCUGGAGGUAUACGAGCAGGCCGGUGAUGAGUGGUCCAGGCCUCUAUGAUCCAACUACGAUCAUGAACGCUGACGUCUUGGCCUACUGUCAAAAGGAGGGCUGGUGCAAACUGGCCUUCUACCUCCUCUCCUUCUUCUACUAUCUCUAUGGGAUGAUCUAUGUGUUGGUGAGCUCUUAGAGGGGAAAGAUCUGCAUGUAGGAGAUAAAACUGGUUUUAGUGGCCGCAGGAGAAGCUGAAGUGGGACCUGCUGCGAAGACCAAACACUCAAUGACUCAAGAUGGCUGCCGUUUUCAAGAGACUGGAUUGACUCACCCCCAACACAGUGCAGAGCGCCAUUAAUAAACAAACAUUUCUCACCUUUUUUAAAAAAUGAAUAUUGUCGCAGCUGUCCUCGUUCAACAGUCAACACAAUGCUUUUUGAGAGGAAGAAUGACCGACCUCAGAAUCAUUAUCUUGUCAUUAUUUAAUAAUCCCAACAGAAAUUAGUGCCGAUGUGCAUCGUCAGUUUAUAAUAUACAGACCACUCUGAAUCUAACACUUUAUUGACUAUUAGGAAAUGUGGAUGUGAAUUAGAUGCCAAGCUUUUAAAAUGUAUUUAAGGUAUGCAAUGGGGGGUUUUUAAUUAUAAUUACAUAGUAAAAUGGUUCUCUUGUCCAGAUACAUUGAACUCACCUCUUGAUCACCGGGUGGAAAAUGUGUUGCACAGACGAGGACAAUCAGUAUGGUUCUUACACUAUUUGAUAUCGUUUUAGGUUUGCCAUGCUUUCUGCAGUCUCAUUCUGCUUUUAGAGCCCUUGUCAGUAGAUGCUAUUUGAUGUGUGAAGCUAUAACAAUCCCAAGAGAUUUCUGAUCAUGAAAAGUUCCUUAUGAGGAAUACCUGUAAUGAGCUCAAAGAAAAACAACUUCCGGUAGUUCCCCCCCCCCCAUCUAAACAAUAUUCUGUCAGUGCCCCCCCCCCCAUCUAAACAACCAACUCCAUAAUAUUGUCAGUCCCCCCCCCCCCAUCUAAACAACCAACUCCAUAAUAUUGUCAGUCCCCCCCCCCCCCCCCCAUCUAAACAACCAACUCCAUAAUAUUGUCAGUCCCCCCCCCCCCCCAUCUAAACAACCAACUCCAUAAUAUUGUCAGUCCCCCCCCCAUCUAAACAAUAUUCUGUCAGUCCCCCCCCCCCAUCUAAACAACCAACUCCAUAAUAUUGUCAGUCUCCCCCCCUCCAUGAUUUCUAAGAUGAAUUCUAGAUUGAAUGUUUUAUUUUCCUCCAAGUCGUUGCAGAUUAAUCAGAUUGUCCCUUUUUUGUAUUUCCAAAUGAAAGAUAGUUAUUAACCCACAGUCUAAAAAAGAUCAAGAAUGUUAUGUCUUCUGUGUUUCCCUGUUUUCCCACCCUGUAAAGUCAGAGACGAGGUUGGCAUGUGUGUUAUACAUCCAUAUAGUUGGGGCUUUAACGUAUUCAAACUAGAGUAGCUCAUUUCACCUUAGGGAAUGACAACUUGAGUUAUGAACCCAAAUAAACCUACCCCCACUAUA